CCUACAUCGAAGAUUUAGUUCGUCUUGUCCCAAGUGACGCUUAAUUUCGAUAUUUCGGCAUCCAGUUACUGCGAGUGGAAAAUCUAGAAAAUCUAUCGAGGGCUACAGUCCGCUAUGGGUAGCCCAGCCAUGCCAUCUAAGGCCUGCCAGCCUUGCCGCGUGAAGAGACGGAAGUGUGAUAAGAAAUUGCCAGGUUGCUCACAGUGCCGACGAGCCAAGGUUGUUUGCUUGGGAUAUAGAGACGAUUUUUCCUCGCGCCUGCGAGACCAGACGGUCAGCACAGCCCACAAAUUUCAAACCCUGGACAAAACUAGUGGAUCUGUCUCUCCAAUGGCGAUGUCUCCAGUCAUGAGGUCUAGGUCUGCCUCUGAUAUGCAACAUGCGCAGACAACACCUGAUGCCCUGGUUGUUCACAAACUAUCAGCGAGUCCAGAGGAUGUAGCUCUAGGCUAUUUCCUAAAUUUCUAUGCCCCUGCAACCCAAUUUGACUAUCUAUCUGAAGCGUCUACUGUGUUUCUCUGUCCAGGGCCCCUAAGAAGUGCACUGUUGGCACCAUCUCUUCUUCUACUCUCCCAAAACUUCCAAUCAACAGCACUUCAGGCUCUGGCACAAGAUAAUUAUGCCAAAGCACUAAGGCUUACAAGCUCUGUUCUUUCAGGACAAGUACUAGUCACAUGUGAUAGCACCCUUUUGGCUGUGUUACUCCUAAGCGUGUAUGAGGCUUUGGCCUUUCAGGGACGACAGGUCCCUUCUGCCUGGAGUGCUCACAUACGAGGGGCUUUUCAAUUAUUACAAAUGAGAGGAGAAACACAAUUUGACAGCUCAUUGGGCAGAAAUCUUUUUUUACAUGCAUCCUGCAAUAUCCGAAUUGAUUGCACACAGAGGGGCAUGAAAGCACCACCUGCCUUAGGCGCACUUCAGAGUAGUCUCGUUCGAAACAUGGACCCGAGGGAUCCAAAUAUUCGACUUGGGGCAUUCCUAGAUCAGUUCGCCAAUCUGCGUUCCAGAAUCUGUGACUUUCCUCCAUUGAGUCGAACCCACAAAGCACUAGAGCUAGACAAAGAGCUAGUUACCUUGCUGGACGAUCUUUGGAGGCUUGUACCAUUCAUAUCUGUCGACGUUGCGACUCUCCCGGGACAAAUUGAUACAUAUGAAGAUUGGGUUCAUCGGUACACAUCCCAGAGGAUGUUAAAGUUAUGGAACUCUGUUCGGAUAUUAAGGCUGUUUGUCAACGAGCACAUACAUCAUUAUUUGACAGCUCAGCACACGAUAGAAAAAUUCCAAACGGAAGAAUGGACCCAAGCCCGAGAAAGCGCUAUGGCAAUUAGCGCAAAAAUGAUAUCUGAUGUGCUUGCGAGUGUCCCAUUAUGCCUUGAGUCCUCUAUGAGUCCAAUGGUUUCGGCAAGAUCUCUUGUAUACCCGUUGACUGGUGUUGCAGUGUCAAAGCUCGGGUCGCCCAGAGCGAAGAGAUUUGCACACAAUAGGCUUGCCUUUAUAGGGAGUGAAUAUGGCUUGAUACAGGCAGCUGAGUCAGCUCACAUGGUUUCACAAACAAGGGAUAUGGAAGACUGGAUUCACCUUUUGCUUGUCUCUUGAACUAAUAACAAUAGAUGGUUCUACAAUUCUUUUCAUUAUUGUCAAGGACUUAAUCGAGUAAAUUUCAUACCAAAUCUAUUGUUUCUAUUCUGUUUCUAUAUUUAAAAAUCAUAUCACUAAGCCUGAAGAGUAGUAACAAAUUGAUCAAAUCCUGUGC